AGGCGAUUGAAGAGAAACCAGAGCUUUAAAAGAGAGCAAUGUUUUUGUCCUUUACUUCUUUGCUUUAAGCUCAGACGCCGCAUCGUCAUCGUCCCAUCGUCUCUUCUAUAUCCAUUCUUUUUCCCAUUUCUAUUGAAUUUCAGAUUCCUUCGCUCUUCUCGCUUUUUAUAUAAACUCCCUCUCAACCCUCCACCCUCCACAUCGCCCUCUUCAAAUUCAUAUUCCUUCUUCUUCCUCCUCCUCUCUCAACCAACCUUUUUAACUCUCACGCAGAUACUAAUCCGCCGAUUAAAUUUUGGCGGAAAACUUUCAUGCUCUGUUUUUGCUCUGUUUUUUAGAGAUGUUUUAUGUGGUGUGAGGGUGGGGGUGGAUUCUUUCGAUUGUUUUAUUUUUUCCAAAGAUUAAUACGCCAAUAGAACUUUAGUCAAGUGCUUGAGGCAUUAUAGAAAGUAGACUGUGCUGAAACAUAAACCUGGCCAUGGAACAGGAGUACCUUGAAGAGACUUUGAUGCAAAACGACAAUUCAUUAGGAGGAGACAGAUUAUGUUUAGACAACCAAAUAUAUAUUUCAGAUGCUGAAGAUGAAGCUUCCCAUGGCUUUGACUGCAACAUAUGCCUAGACUCGGUUCAAGAUCCUGUUGUAACCCUUUGUGGUCAUCUCUUCUGUUGGCCCUGCAUUUAUAAAUGGCUUCACUGCAAGAAAUUAUCUGCACAACGAUGCCAACAAGUGGAAUGCCGAUGUCCUGUUUGCAAGGCCAAAGUCUCCCGUGCUACUCUCGUCCCAAUCUACGGAAAAUUUCAAACUACAGAUGCCUCAAAAGCUGAAGCACCUCCAAAUCUUGGCCCAGCCAUCCCACGCAGGCCGCUUGGGCGGCAUGCUUGUGAGGCAGAGACACCAGCAUCUCCAACCCCCCAACUUCAUUCCGACAACUAUUCUCCUCAGUCACACUCGUACUACGCACAAACACAAAACGAAUACAUCGCUUCGUCAAUGCUUAGCUCAAGCAGUAUCACAACAAACAUUAUCCAUCCAGUGAUCGGAAUGUUUGGUGACACGAUUUACGCAAGAACGUUUGGAAACACAACAACGAACCUGUACACUUAUCCAAAUUCAUAUGGUAAUGUGAACAACAGUAGUGUAAGACUGAGGAGGCACAUAAUGCAGGCUGAUGAGUCACUGAGCAGAAUCUGUUUUUUCUUUUUUUGCUGCUUAGUAAUAUGUCUUCUUUUAUUCUAAGAAGCUCCCUUUAGACCAUUUCUAGGCAUUGGAUGUAGAUAUAUACACAUAGCAUGUAACUAUGAGCUUAGUGUAAAAAAGGGCUACAAAAUUUCCUUCAAUCUGUUUCAAGGAAUUGGUGGAUGUAUAAUGAAAAUUAUUUUAUGUGGGAAUCCCAUUAUCACAAAAAGUUAAUUAGAUGAGCAA